AAACAAACGUGUUGCCAAGUACUUGGCGAAUAAUCCAAAACGCCCGCACCUUUGCUGCCAAACAAUCAACUACCGACAGAAAACGGUCGCUAGCUAGUCAGCUCCCCAAACAAAUCGAUUGAAAUCAAAGUACCAAAACCAUCACCAUGAACUGCAAGCCCUUGAUUUUGUGCACCUUUGUGGCAGUUGCAAUGUGCCUGGUGCAUUUUGGAAAUGCAUUGCCCGCAAUCAGCCAUUAUACGCACAAACGAUUUGACUCCAUGGGUGGCAUUGAUUUCGUUCAGGUGUGCCUCAACAACUGCGUCCAGUGCAAGACCAUGCUGGGAGACUACUUCCAGGGACAGACCUGUGCCCUUUCCUGCCUCAAGUUCAAGGGCAAAGCCAUCCCGGAUUGCGAGGAUAUAGCCUCCAUAGCCCCGUUUCUGAAUGCGCUCGAAUAAAGCGAUAAGAGGCGCCUCUUGUGCGGUGUGCGGUGUGUGGUGUGUGUGGUGGUGUGUGCUUUUACGGCCUGUGACUCAGGUGUGGAUUUGGGUCAAUGUGAUGCUCAACACGAUGAUCAAGUCUUGGCGAUCUUGGCUGCAGAUGCCGACCACAACGAUGAUGACAUGACUUUUGCUAAACAACUGACUUUCCAGCGCGAAACCAAAGAGUUCCUAUUAACUUGUA